GAUUGACAUUAAAAAACGUUUUUUUAAAAACCAAAUCAAAUUAAAAAAAUCUCAAGAUAUCGUGCAAUAAAGAUGGAUAUAAUUUUAAGUGAAAAAAAAACUGCACGUGGAAAUUGUAAAAUCGCAUAAGUUCUUAUCAACCAUAUCAUAGCAAAAGUGUCUGACAAUUCUAUUGUAAAUCUCAAAAAGAUACAGUAACUUGCCGAAGAUCUGUCCUCAAGGUUUACAGCGAGUUCCGAUAACGGUGAAAACAAUCAAGCAGGAGUUCGAGGGGUUCCUGAGGACCUUCGAGAAGGACCAAGAUCUGGUGGUACAGGAUGCCGAAGAGGAGCCAGGAUCAAAAAUCGGCGACAACUACAUGUCCAUUGUGCUGAGGACAAAGAUCAUUGGAAAAUAUGGCAAUGGGAAACCAUACGAGAAAUCCUUCAUGACCAAAUGGAUCCCGCGUCACAGGCCAAUCGCAAGUUUCGUAAGGAACGAAGAAUUUUUUCACAACGAAGCACACGUUUACCAGAAGUUACUUCCGCAUCUUGGUCCCAUAGCACCCCAGUGCAUUUACGCUGAUCCAGAGAGGAUAAUAAUGGAGGACUUGAAGUCGCGAGGUUACGUCGUUAACGAGAGACGUAAUUUAUUGGAUCUGGAACAUUGUACAGCGGUAGUCAAGACAUUGGCAUCCCUGCACGCCAGGUCCCUGGCCCUGAAGAUCAGUGACCCCCAAAGAUUCAAAAGCCUGAUGAGUCCCUUGAAGGAAGCUGUCUUUCCUCAGGAUUCACGUCCGGCCGUAGGCUCGUCCAUUGCCUUUAGUUUGAAUUAUGCAAUUAAAAUUCUGGAAUCGAUCGAGCCAAAGACAGACGAGCUGACGGCGGGUAUAGAACUGGUGAAACGUUACAUCGAGAAUACGUACGACGUGAUGCGUGAAUUGUUGCUGGCUCGGAAUGACAAAUACGACGUAAUGUCCCACGGCGACGCCUGGAACAACAAUAUCUUGUUUAAGCACGACGCAGCCGGAAGAGUGACGGACGUGAAGUUGCUCGACUUCCAAAUCGUGCGUCACACCUCCGCAGCCAUAGACUUCCUUUACUUCGUGUAUUCCAGUGCGCAGGCUGAAGUCAUCCACGAGAGUUUCGACGAUCUCGUGGAAAUUUAUCAUCGUCAGUUCAUUUACGAAUUGCGUCGGCUCCACGUACCUGAAACUAAUAUUUCGGACUUGACUACGGACUGGUUUAACAGUGAAUUACAAAAAUAUUCUGUAUACGGAAUACUCACCGGAUAUUGGAUAGUAAACGCUGUACUCGCCGACGAGAGCGACGCUAUUGAUAUGGACAGUCUCACUGUGGAACAAAUGGAAGGGAUAGGUAGAAUCGAACCACCAAUUCGUCCGAUAAUCAUGGAGAGAAUGAAGCACAUAACGUUGCACUAUCAACGACGGUUCAGUUAGGGAAGAUUGUCAAAAUCUUAUCGAGAUACCUUCGCAUGUAGUACAAAUUAAUAAAAAUCAAUUAUCACGUGACAAGACAAUUCGAAAACGUUAAUAAAUUACCAAUGGUCAAAAUGACCUUACUGUAAUAUUUUGUCGAACACAUUUUUUUUCGUCGAUAUACAUAAUUUUUUAUAUGGUACGCAAUGUGGAGCUUUAUUCGAAAGCUCAUUCCCAAUGGAAAGCACAUUAUCAAAAAUCAAUUUUCUGGGAUUUUUGAAAAAAUCAAAAUAUAUGACUGGGUACUUGAGUCA